AUGACUACAGACAUAGAAAUAUUUUGGAAACUAGAGUCUAUCAAAAUCAGCCCCGAAGACGACAGAGAUGUAUGUAAACUCGAAACAUAUCAACAAAACAGUAUUAAGUUCAUUGAUGGAAAAUAUGAAGCAAACCUGCCCUGGAAAGAAGACCACGCACCACUCCCUACAAACUUAGAAGUAACAAAGAAAAGGACAGAAUCCCUUGUAAGACGGCUCUGCCGAGAACCGAAGAUCUUUCAGAAAUGUAAUAUAAUACAAGAUCAAGAGAGGAGAGAUUUUAUUGAGAAAGUGGACGAGAAUGAACAACAACCCGAUCUAAUGCACAAUAUUCUACACCAUGCAGUGAAUAAGGAUUCAGUCACGACGCCUAUACGUAAAGUAUAUGACAGUAGUUGCCAAGAAACAUCACAGAAACACAGUUUAAACGACUGUUUAGACUCUACCCCACCCACAUUGAACGAACUUUCACAUAUCAUGAUUCGAUUCCGACUUGGCAAGUAUGCACUGUCCACGGAUAUAGAAAAAGCUUUUCUCAAUGUAAGUCUGGAUAAAGAAGAGAUAUGA